GAAACGUUGGCCUUUCGAUUGUUUUGAAAAGCCUUGUGUGUUUUAGCCUCUCAGAAACGGUCACUUUAAUUUUUUAGCAAAACACUGAAAAUUCGAAAUGUCAGACGCUGUGGACAAAAUGUUGGCGGGAUUGGCCGCCAACCGGCAGACCACGAAUCGCCAGUUGGCCAAGAUAGACGAGAUAAUGGAGCGGUCGAACAACACCUUGCUCCACAUCGAGUCCAACAGCAAGGCGCUGAGUCAGAAUGUGGCUUUGUCGGAGACCCAGAAGAUGUAUAACCUCAGGCCGGAGGCUGAGAUGGCCCUGUCCAAGAUCCUGGAGAACUUUAAGGUCCUCAUGUCCAGCAGUGACCAGCCCGAGGAGGCAUACAGCGCUCUGGAAGGCUGUCUGGCCUAUAGGCAUCGCGUGGAGCACCUUGGGAGCUUCGUUCGCAAGCUGGUGGCUCUCUACGACACCGUAGGCCACAUGAGAAGUUCACAGGAGGAGCAGUAUGCCAGCGAGGACUCCCCCUAGCUCGUCCCUUUAUAGCAUUUAUUAUCAUACCGUUUAACAUUUUUAAAUAAAAUUUGAUUUCUAUGUAAA